AGUUCUAAUUGGAUAGUCAUUCUUUCGGGAGUUUUCCUCUGGUAAAUAAUAAACUCCGAGAACUACUAAUUUUGAAUCCUCGCACUUGUUAUGAAAACUUACAGACGCGAACUAACUUAUACAGGUGCUCAGAAAGUUACAAAGCAUCAUGGAUAUGAAUCUGCUAACCUGCUCUGUAGUUGUAGAAGACUUGACAAAAACAGGAGAUGUCAUCAAACGCACACCUUAUAAAAGUUUGUCGUUAUCAUUAGGUCGUAACGAAUUCAAUGAUGUUACACUUAGAGUGGAUUAUGGUAAAAAAGAUAUCAAAUAUGCAUUAAGAGAAAUCAAACUCUUCAAAAAGUUUGCCAAAGAUGGGAAGGCUACAGUCAGAAUACCAGAUCGGAAUAUCCAAUUUAUGUUGUCCAACUGUCCUCCUGAUAAACUGCUGAUGUUCUUAAGAACCAUGCAUACAAAGUUAGAAGUUGGUAAACAGAAAGGAUUCAUAUCUGAUCGAAAGAAAUUAUUAUCAGAGCGUCAUAGAACUUUUGAUGAAAUAAGCCCUCUGACUUUGAAGGAUGUUGAUACUGUACAUGAAGCUAGAGCUAAAGAGCUGGAGAAAGACUUGUUCACACCUAAAGGAAAGAGGAAAAGAGUAGACGAUAACAAGGAAAAUCACCCUCCUAAGGGAGUUAAAAUGGCCAGAAAAUUAGUAACAGCCGUACCAAGAUCAGUUAUUCCAGUCAAACUAAGUAAAGAACAGUCAUCUGUAUUAGAGGCAGUGUCUAAAGGAAGGAGUGUUUUCUUUACAGGGAGUGCUGGUACUGGAAAAUCAUUUCUCAUGAAAAGAAUAAUAGGGACUUUGCCACCACAGCAUACAUUUGCCACAGCUAGUACUGGUGUUGCUGCUUGCCAUAUAGGGGGAACAACUCUACAUGCAUUUGCAGGUAUUGGAUCUGGAAGGGGUACAUUAGAACAUUGUGUACAAUUAGCAUCACGAGCACAGGUAGCUCAGCAAUGGAGGAAAUGUAAACAUUUAGUUAUAGAUGAAAUCUCCAUGGUGGAUGGAGAAUUCUUUGAAAAAUUAGAAGCUGUUGCUAGAGUGAUAAGAAGGAAUGACCAACCUUUUGGUGGAAUACAGCUGAUAAUGUGUGGAGAUUUCCUUCAGUUACCUCCCGUUACCAAAGGCAAAGAAAAAGUCAAUUUCUGUUUUCAGACUCAGGCUUGGAAGAAAUGUAUUCAGAUGAAUAUAGAACUAACAGAAGUAAGAAGACAGUCAGAUAAAUCAUUUAUAGAUGUUCUUCAACAGAUCAGAUUAGGAAGGUGUCCUGACUAUGUCUACACAACCUUGAGAGCUACAGCCAAACAAAACAUACAGAAAGAUGGUAUCUUAGCAACCAGACUGUGUACACACAAAGAGGAUGUCAACCAGAUAAAUGAACAUCAUCUACAGAAAUUAAAUGGAGAAUCAAAGUUGUUUACAUCCACAGAUAGUGAUUCUGUGUAUACACAACAAAUCAAUGGGAUGUGUCCAGUACCAGACAAACUAAAUCUCAAGAUUGGAGCACAGGUAAUGUUAACAAAGAAUUUAGAUGUACAGAAAGGACUUGUGAAUGGAGCUAGAGGAAUUGUUAUAGGAUAUCAGAAAGAUAAUGAUGGUUAUCCCAUUGUGAAGUUUAGAUGUGGAAUGGAGGAAGAAAUCAAACCUAUUAGAUGGUCAUUUAAGUUCAGUGGAGGAAAUAUAUCUACAAGGAAACAGAUUCCAUUAAAAUUAGCGUGGGCCAUCUCCAUUCAUAAAAGUCAAGGAAUGACAUUAGAUUGUGUAGAAAUAUCUCUGUCUCGUGUGUUUGAAUGUGGACAAUCCUAUGUAGCACUGUCUCGAGCCAAGUGUCUAGAAGGUUUACGAGUAUUGGACUUUGAGAAAAGUUGUGUGAAAGCUAAUUCGGAAGUUCUCAGGUUUUAUCAUAAACUAGAUCUACACAAAAGAAUGAUGCAGACAAGUAUAGGAGAUUAUUAAUGACAAUUUAUUUAAGGGUUGAUAUUUAAAUUUGUAUGAUGUACAUGUGCUGUGAGAGGUUACUUCAAAUAUUGAUUGCUUAAUUUAUUAGAAAUCAUGCCAUAUAAAAGUGAGAUUAGAUGUUAUUUCUAUUCAUGGUUAUGAUGUAAUCAUGUGCAGUGAGAAGUCAAUAUGAGAGUUAAUUCUAAAAUAUAAUGGUGUUUAUUUGUUAAAUAAAAUGUCACAUUGACUGUUUGGUACAUUAACACAUAAACAGGUUAACUAAAGAGUGAUGUGUUAUACAUGUCUGUGAGCUACUAGUUUUUUUGGUGGAUUUUUAGAUAUUAUGUAAUGUGUAAGUUGUGAGAGAAAGUUGUUGAAAAUAUGUUAUUUUUAGACAUUUAUUUUUAGUACACAUGUGUUCAUUAAAUGGCAGCUAAGUUAAAUUGUCCAGUGAUAUUAUUUCUGGUAUAGGAUGAUAAUGCUUUAUACCUCAUCUGGUUGUAUAAUCUACCUGACUCAUUCCUCACAUCAGAAAUCUAUUUUAUUAGUUACUGUCCCAAACAAGGCUUUAUACAGUUUAAAAAGGAUGUUAGGAUGCCUAUGGGUUUUGUGUUUUGGGGUUACUGUCUCUAAGAAAUAUAGCCAACAUCUUUUAUUCAUCUUUUAAUGUAUGUAUAUUUGUUUCACAACAUUGUCCCCUUCAGUGUACUAAAAAUGCAAUAGAACUAUUUUUAUAAACCCUUAUACCUCAUAAUUUAAAGGAAAAAUCAAUGUCCUUCAUACAAAUUAUGAUGUUUUACAUGCAUAUGUAGUAUAAUGAAUUUUGAUAUCAUCUAGACUUCCAUUGAUGAUGAGUUGGAUUAACACAUAAGACUCAACAAACAUUAUUUACAAGUGAACCUUUAAUUUAUUAUUCGGUAUGUCAGUUACAUGCUGUGUGUAAGAUUGUGUGUUGAAUAGUGUGUUC